UAGGUCAAAUGAAUGGAAAAGAAUGGCAUUUAUAAUAAAUGGAUUUAAGUUAUGUAGAUUCCAGUCGAAACUAAGUUCUCGCUUUGUAGUUGAAAAGACAAGUAAUUUGAAAUGUUAAGAAGAAUAUUUUUCCCAACUUUUUUCUUCAUUCUACUAAAUCAAAUAUCUUCGAAUAGAAUUUAUAUUGAUAGAAUGUUUUGCGAUACAUUUAUUGGUCAGAAGAAUGUAAGAUUGGUUAAUAUGGAAGCUAUUUCGGUAACGCAAAAUUUGGAAUUGAAUGAUUGUAUUCAAUCUUUCCUCGCCAGUAAUGUUCACACGAGUGUUGAAUACAAUGAAAUAUCGAAAGAGUGUCGCAAAAAGGAAUUUGGUUCUUAUGGAUAUAACUUAACAGUUGAAGAAGGAACUUUAUAUUAUACUAAAAUUGUCAAUAAAGGUUCCGAGACUUGGAAAGAUUUACCCGGAAAAAUGAUAAGUUCUUGUCAGCCUUGCGUUAUACUAGAUAAUUUUCAUUCCACCGAUUUAGCGACAUGUAAAGAAGAAUGUCUAAAACAUAAAGAUUGCCUUUCAAUAAACAAAGAAAGCUCAACUGAAAGUUGUACUUUUUUCUCUUUAGUUGCAAUCCCUGGUGGUUUACUCGGUUACGAUGGUAGAUCUCAUCAUCAAAAACGAAAUCCCCUAACAUUAUUCAAUAUUUCUACGGAGAAUAUCUGCCCCGAAUCACAAACAGAGUUUAUUAAAUCAAUUGGUGAUGGAAUUAUUGAAUGUCCAUUAAAAAAAAUCUCUAUCCCAGCAAAUUUUCAAAUCAAAUAUACAUCUGACAAAAUGAUUAAUGGAAAAAUACAAAUUUCUAUCUAUAUAAUGGAAAAUGACGAUGAUAAAUGUUCAAAUAUUGUCGUUUUAAACAAUCCAAAUAUUCAAAUUCAAAUGUGUAAUACGGAAAUGAAUGAAAAGAGUUUCUGUAAAUUUGUGUGUGAAGGAGAUGAUUAUAAUGAAAUUAUUAUUAAAAGUUUAUCACCUGCAAAUAUUUUUUGUGAAAUUCAAAUUUUGUCCGAAGAUGGAAUGAAUAAUGUUUGUAUGUAA